GAGCGCUGGGCUCAUAACCUGUGAAAAUACUAGCGAAGUUUAACUCAGUCUCAAGCUGAAUAGCGUGGAGAACUAGUUAACAUUACCUAGCGAAGUUUAACUAAAGAUAAUACACAUUUAGAUAUGAAGGGAAAUUAGAAUGAAAGAAAGUACUGACCUCAGUCUCAAGCUGAAUAGCGUGGAGAACUGAGGAAAAAGGAAUUGAAUAGAAAGAGCGGGUAUGUCCGUAUAGUCGGUAGCGGAUAAUUCCGCGAUAAUAGAAAAGGGAAAAGUAUUCAUUUACAGGUCAGGUGAAAGUCACCUGGUCAGAAACCUCCGGAACGCGCGCUGCACUCCAACAACACCUUACCAUUACGACAUCCCAGAAUCCUGCCAUUACCGUACACGUAACACAUGUCGCACUCACCGGCCAAGAGCUCCCCCGCCUCUCAAGGAAGCUCCUUUGUGGUUGUCAGCACCAGUGCCCAGACACUUUCCUUUGCCAGUGACGAAGAGGAGGUCGUUAUUCUCCAUCCUCGCAGGACAAGCUCCUCUCCUCGAGUCGGAACGCUCACUCCACAACUGGAGCCUGAUUCCGAUAUCGUGCUUCUGGGCCAAAAUGGACCGAUGAAGAGCCCCCCUUUUGCUGGCCAAUCGCCGAUUACUCGAUCAGACAUCCUUGUGGAAUCUUCUGAUAGGAACUUAUCUCAUGAAUGUGGGCCCCGAGGGGUUGCAAUUGGCAACGCACUUCAACUUACACAAGCUCAGGAUGACGACGAAGUGAUAUAUGAUGAUUUCCAUUCUACAUUGGCCGGCGGUAUAUCAAGGCUCCGUAUUUCCAGUCCUGACAUUUCCUCGGAGAGCGGGCGAACGAAUGGUUAUCAAACAGCUGGAUCUGAUGGAACAUCGUCUUCCCCUCCAUCGCCCCCCCCUCUCACGAAAAACCAACGACAGCGCGAAAGGGGGAGGCAAGCCAAAGCUCGGGUCAGGGAUACGGAGGUUGUUGAAACUCAAAUCACGGAACAGGCGCAAGAAACUGUCACACCUGUGAAACUCACCAAAUCUCAGAAACGGAGUGCCCAAAGGAAGCGAUCGCAGGCCCGCGUUGCCGCCGCGGGUCAACCCGGAACGUCUCCCUCUCCUUCCAUCUCUGGAUCCACACCUGCGAGACUCACCAAAUCUCAGAAAUGCAAUGCCCGGAGGAAACGAUCAAAGGCCCGACAUGCUGCCGCCACGGAUCAACCCGGAACAUCCUUCCAGUUGCCAUCCCCCUCCAUCCCUGGACCCCAACCCAGCAAAGCUUCAAAGAGCACUCUUAAAAAGCACAGAAAGAGUGCUUCCAAGAACUCCACUUUCAUUGAAAGUAGUUUCUACCUCAAUGCUGUCCGGCAUAUGACAAAGUACGUGACUCCUAGUUUGUCAAUGUCGUCGCUUCGGUUCAUCAAGCCGUGGCCCAUAACAGUCAUAUUGCCGCAGCUUCCUGUCCCAAUCCACCUCCCCGUAAUACGCAGCAAAACCUGAAAAUUGCUCAAGCUCUCCUUGUUGAAACGGGUGCUGUUCAGGAUCCAUCGAAGCUCCCAGCCUCCUUCACUCAGGCAAAAUCACUUCUCAAAUCCUCGGUGCACAUCAAUAUACUCGAUUAUCUUCAGGUUAGGAAAUCGGGGCUUGAGGCAAUUAGAGAAGUGUUGUUCAAGAGUCUCCAAGAACUGAGGCGAGACAUCAGGGAUCCUAGUAGGCGGGCGGCUUUGAAGAAAGUGAAGAAGCU